GCAGGAAGGCCAUCUCGCCAUCUCGAGUAAACAAAUCUUCGUUUGACAAAUAGUACAUAUUAACCACCCCUUAUACACACACUCCGGCCCACACAGCCGUUAUUAUGCCUUCCACAACUGACCCUCUCGCCGACUCCCGCGCAUCCCCUCAGUCUCCCCGUUCUAUCCCCACCGCCAACCUCAACAAUCUCUCUCUCCUUUCCGAAUCCUCUACUGGUUCUUGGGAACGCGGCAGGAUGGCGGGCAACGCUCGUUCACCGCCUACAAAUUCUAUCCUUGCCGACUCGCUCGCAGCUGGUGUUGCUCCCGUAGCGGCGGGUGUAAAUGUGGUCGAAGGCGGUAACGACUUAUCCCCAUCUAGUGGAGCCAAAAGUUUGAGGUCUGGCGGAGCCUACCCUCAACCUCAACGUCCUUGGCCCGCUGACAAGGGCCUUUCCCGUCCUAACCCUGCUACUGGUAGGGUAUCCUUCCCGUCUGUUCCCCAGUAUGCUCGUCAGGCGCGUGAAGGCUACGGCUUCCGCCCCAGGUCUGGUCAGACUACCCCUACCACCGGUGCGGAAGCUAGUUUGACUUAUCCUUUCCCCAGUACCAGCUCUUCUAGAGUUCCAAGGCCCAAAGAGGAUGACGAUGAUCUUGAUCAUAGACCGGAUGGGAAGUCAAUGGACGAAUUGAGGGGCGAGGUCAGGGAAGAACUGGAUAAACAGGGGUUGGUGCAGGCUGCCAAAGGGGUUGUUGAACCUCACAUGGGUAUCUCUGGGAUUGCUGAUGAAGAGGGUCUCGGAUGGCCUGCCAAGUCCACACAUCUCCGUCUGCACUCCACCCCCGAAGAGAAGUCCGCCAACAUGGAGCUCCUCACCUCUGCUCUUCGAACCGUGCUUGAAUGCAUUGGUGAAGACCCUGACCGGGAAGGAUUGCAACGUACCCCAGAAAGAUAUGCCAAAGCUUUGUUGUGGAUGACUAAGGGUUACGAGGAGAGGCUUGUAGAUGUAAUCAACGAUGCAGUCUUUGCGGAAGACCACGAUGAGAUGGUUAUCGUGAGGGAUAUUGAGGUAUUUAGUCUUUGCGAGCAUCACUUGGUUCCUUUCACUGGAAAGAUUUCUAUUGGCUAUAUCCCCAGCAAGCUUGUUUUGGGUCUUUCCAAACUCGCUCGUAUCGCCGAAACUUUCUCCCGUCGUCUUCAAGUUCAAGAACGUCUCACAAAGCAAGUUGCUCUUGCUGUUGAAGAGGCCAUCCGCCCUCGGGGUGUCGCUGUUGUGAUGGAGGCUUCGCACAUGUGCAUGUCUAUGAGAGGCGUCCAGAAGCCCGGCGCGACCACUGUCACCAGCACCAUGUUGGGAUGUUUCAGGCAGCAGCAAAAGACGCGAGAGGAGUUCUUGACCCUCAUCCGUACUCCCAGCGCUGCCAGACACUAAAUCUUAUGUCCUGAUCUCGGAACUUUCUCUCGGCCUCUACUCAUCUCUCCUCUAUUGAUUAGAUCUCAACAUCAGCUUCUCAGAUAAGGAAACUACGCAAAUCUGUACAUUACUAUACUCCUUGUUAUUCAACAUACAAAUAUUUGUCUGUCCUAUGCAUACGAAUGCCACUGUAGCUGCCUAUUCGUUGAUUUGA